GCGAUAUUACGGUGAUUGAAGGCAAGCGUAAAACCCCUUCCAUUAAAUGAACGGUUCUAUCGAGAUCUCGGCUCGCCGGACUAUCUACACGUUCUCCUUUUGUCCCGUUUUGUAAUCGAAAAGGUGUACCAAAAUAUCCGGGAAGGAUGGAAGUAAGAGAUGAUGAACGAGAACUACUUGAUAACUUUUGGAAGGACAAAAAGAUGACAAUGGAGAUGUUAGUGUGGUCAUCAAGUGAUGCUUUGGUAACUCGUAAAGAUGCAUUGGAAUUACUUAAAGGAGAAGCAACUAGUUAUAGCCUCCUCUGUUGUACUUCUAAAUAUGUUGAUGGAGAUGCGUCCAAAUUAUGCAAAGGACAUAUACAUCAUGGGUUACUAUAUGCAUCAACGAAAAUAAUCCGUCAAGUGUCGAACGCAUGUUUAAGCCAAUAACUAGUACACGUUUCCUCGCACUUGAUAAGAUUAUUUUCCCACUUCUAACUUCAUUUCAUUGGCAUAUGUUGGUGUUAUCUAUAAAAGAUAGAAGGUUUCAUCAUUACUCUUUUCUACGCGGAUAUAUGUCCGAUGCCAUUGAUUUUAGAGUGAAGCUUAUGACAUCCAUCCCCGAUGAGUGUAAUAUGGAUAUUAGCUCUUGUCAUGAGGUAGAAAGUGUUGAUGUACCUCAACAACGUGGUAGCCUAGAUUGCGGGGUGUUCUUGAUGUCAUAUAUGUUUAGCCUCGUAUCCGGUCAAGCAAUUUCAAUAGAUCAAAAGGAUUGUGCAAGACAUAGAGCUCGUAUUGUAUCUCUAUUUCUAUCUGAAGGAUAUAAACAAUCACCGCAAGCUCACUUCCUUGGAUGCUAGAUGCCAUCUAUCCUUUUUUUCCUGUUGAUUGUUGUAAAUCAUCAGAUGACAUCUAUACUUUUAUAUUUCGUCUACUAUUAUUUUAAGGCCCUUGGGCAAUUUCAAUGUUGAAUUUGGCCCUUCGAAGCUUACUGAUCCUUCGAAGAUUGGUGAGCUGUUGAACGGGUUGGAAACUAUGAGGAUGAAUAACCUCUUUUGGCAGUCUUGAUGGUGAAUCUUUGGUGGUUUUUGCGUUGAAGAAUCAGAGAGCAGGAAGCUUUGUAGGAAUUAGCCAUUAUAGCAAACAAAAACAAAGCCUUUAACCCAAGUUUGCAACUAUCUAUUACAUUCUUUAUUAUUCUUUGCAUGUUGAGAGUUGUUUAUAUACAUAAAAUUGUUCCUAAUGAUGCUUGUUUAAGCCGUUGAGCCUCCGAGACGAGUAAUGAGCCAGCUAGAAAAGGAAAAACAAUAAAGAAGAGGGAAAACUAGAUUUAAGUUAAAAUUGUUCUGUAAUAUGUGUAUCU